UCAUCUUCUAACCAGGGUUAGUUUCUUAACCCGACUGUACGCGCUGAGUUAAAGGGCGGACCAAGGGGCCAGAGACUGCUCCGAGAGAGAUAGAGAGAAAGCAAGCACAAAGACACAGACUCAGAGAGCAAGAAGAAGCAGACGAAAAAAACUCGAGAGGGUUUUGUGAGUCAACUCGGACAACUCUCUCCCAUAACAGCCUAUUGCGUCUCGGUUCGUUGAGCCUUUGAUUCUCAGUCGUAUUUGAAAGGGGCUCGAGGUUCUUUCGUCGUAGUUUUAACGGCCGUGUUCGUUUCGUCGUUUCGGAGCGUUUCGGUUGUUAACUCGUCCAGAUCUUACAUUCCGAUUCUUUAUUUUCUAGUAGCAUGUCUGUGGCUUCUCACUGAAUGUAGCAUUGAGCUAGAGCAUACCUUCUCGGUCCCCAUUCAUUUCUCAUGGUUGUUUUGCUCUGAGAAUCUUCGUGGGAUUUGAAAUUCCUUCUCUUCAUGGAUUAAUGAUCGUUUUGGAAUUGAUUUUUCUACCCUUUCUGUCUUCGGCCGCUUGGGAGCUUGGCAACUUUUGGGGAGGGGAGAAGCUCUCUUCUAUUGCCACCUCUUUUGCUGGCCGCCCAAACUGUCACUUCCUCUCCUUGCUUAAUGUCGCGUAAACUGGACAGCCCAGUGCAGACCCAGAUGGCGGUGUCCUUGUUUAGCAACCCACUCAGUGCGGAGUAUCAUGGAAGCAAGAGAAUGGAAGGGAAGCAGUCCACUGGCAGGAGGCGAGUUUUUGUGCAAACAGAAACUGGGUGUGUCUUCGGGAUGGAAUUAGAUCGCAGUGAUAAUGUCCAUACUGUGAAGAGAAGAUUGCAAAUUGCUCUCAAUGUCCCAACCGAUGAGAGCUCUCUGACAUUUGGGGACCUAGUGUUGAAGAAUGAUCUUAGUGCAGUUCGGAAUGAUUCCCCUCUUCUUCUCACAAGGAACCUCAUGCAUAGAAGUUCAUCGACUCCAUGCCUCUCGCCCACUGGGAGGGAUCUACAGCAAAGAGAUCGGAGUGGCCCUAUAGAGAUACUAGGGAAUUCAGAUCAUUUUGCUAGAACAACGCAAGUUGUCAAGGACAUGGUCGAGGCCAUUAAGAUGGGGGUUGAUCCAAUUCCUGUUCAUAGUGGGCUUGGAGGUGCAUACUAUUUUCGGAACAGCAGAGGUGAGAGUGUUGCAAUAGUGAAGCCAACUGAUGAAGAACCUUUUGCGCCUAAUAACCCAAAAGGCUUUGUUGGUAAGGCUCUUGGGCAACCAGGUUUGAAGCGUUCGGUACGGGUUGGGGAGACUGGUUUCAGAGAAGUCGCAGCUUUCCUUCUUGACAAAGAUCACUUUGCAAAUGUGCCUCCCACUGCCUUGGUGAAGAUCACUCACUCAAUCUUCAACAUAAAUGACGGGGUGAAUGGGAACAAGACUCCCCAGAAGAAGCUGGUUAGCAAGAUAGCAUCUUGCCAGCAAUUCAUACAACACGAUUUUGAUGCAAGUGAUCAUGGGACCUCCAGCUUUCCAGUAGCUUCUGUGCAUCAUAUAGGGAUAUUAGACAUUAGGAUUUUUAACACAGACAGGCAUGCAGGGAAUCUUUUAGUUAGGAAACUUGAUGGUGUCGGGAUGUUUGGUAAAGUGGAGCUCAUUCCAAUUGACCACGGCCUUUGUUUGCCAGAAACAUUGGAGGACCCCUACUUUGAGUGGAUUCAUUGGCCUCAGGCUUCUAUUCCAUUUUCGGAUGAUGAGCUUGAGUACAUAGAAAAACUUGAUCCGAAUGAGGAUUGUGAAAUGCUGCGAAGGGAGCUUCCCAUGAUUCGAGAGGCUUGUCUCAGGGUUUUGGUUCUCUGCACCAUUUUCCUGAAGGAGUCUGCUGCAUAUGGUCUCUGUCUUGCUGAAAUAGGUGAAAUGAUGAGUAGGGAAUUUCGUAGCGGGGAGGAGGAACCCAGUGAACUUGAGGUAAUUUGUAUGGAGGCGAGGAGGAUGCUAGCUGAGAGGGAGGCCUUGUCCCCCAAGGCUGAUUUGGUGGGAGAUCAGGAGUUCCUAUUUGACAUAGACUGUGAGGACACAGAGUUAGACUAUCCUUUAAAGCUUGCAGCAGAUGAUUAUGUGAGCAGGACACCCUUUCAAUUUGGAAAUGGCAGUGGGCAUGGCCGCUCUCCUCUCUCUAAACUGGAAGAAAGCAUUGAGGAGGAAGAGGACAGUGAAGUGGAAAAGCAAGAGGCAUUAGCAAGUCUGCGAUCCCCUGAAAGGGUCCCAAGCGUUUCAAAGCUUUCAAUGUCGCUGAAGAAUACAGUUUUGGGUGAGAAGAGCCACCUGAAAUAUACGGGAACAAGAGCAGAGAAUGGAUACAUGGCGAAUACAUCAUCCGGACACAGGAGUGCAAAUGAGCAGCUUCCUGCAAGCAUGAGCUUUGUGAAGCUGGCUGACAUGAGUGAGGACGAUUGGGCCUGGUUUCUAGAGAAGUUUCAAGAUCUGAUGUACCCGGCAUUUGCUAAACGCAAAUUUAUUACCCUAGGUCAGAGGCAGAGACAGAGGCUUGGCACGUCGUGCCAGUUUUGAGAUUGAGGCAGCAAUGUGUGGUGCGCUAUGAUAGUCAAUAGACAUGACUGAAGACGAACAAUAAGAUUAGGAGGUUCUGGGAGAUAGAUUUGGUCUGUGGUUUUCUCCUUGGGAGGUCUUGUAGUGAUGAGUGACUGUAGGAGGAAGUGCUGUAAAUAUUCUUGGCAUCAGCUGAGUGAGGUGCUGAGUAGAAUUGGUUGUAUUUCUUGUUUUACUUUUUGUUUUGAUUUCUUUCGUUCCUUUUUUAAGUUUUCUGUUAAUUUUUUUUUUCACUCGUUGUUAUGACUUGUUUGAUAAAUAAUAUGUAGAAUGAAAUCAAGAAAAGAAGAUUAUGUAAAUAGUGAACUCUGUUUCUUC